AUGUCACGGCCGGCGAUACUGCAGAUCGGGGAUAUUGUUCAUUCUCAAAAAGAAUGGUCUGAACUUGGAAGUUUUGCAGAUUUGAAGGUUUUCAAGGGUUCAAAAUCAAGAGCAGGUUUUCUGAAAGAGAUCGAGAGUGGGAGUUACAAUGACGUUGUGGCUUUAUAUAGAAGUAACGAAUCUACAACCAUCACAGGACCAUUUGAUGCAGAAUUGAUAUCCAAGCUCCCAUCAUCUCUAAAGUAUAUUUGCCACAACGGCGCAGGAUACGACAACAUCGAUGUCGCAGCAUGCACAUCUCGAAACAUCAGUGUCUCCAGCACGCCAAUAGCAGUCAACAAUGCCACUGCCGACAUUGCCAUUUUCCUCAUGUUGGGAGCUCUUCGUCGGAUUCAUAUUCCGUACUCCGCCAUCCGCUCCAGCAAGUGGCGAGGAAAUUCACAACUUGGAUAUGAUCCUCAGAACAAACUACUUGGUAUCCUCGGUAUGGGUGGGAUCGGUCGAGAAGUUGCUGCGAGAGCUCGAGCAUUCGGAAUGAAGAUCCAAUAUUAUAACCGUAGUCGGUUGUCUCCCGAAUUAGAGCAAGGAGCGAAAUAUGUCAGUUUCGAGGAAUUGAUCAAGACGAGUGAUGUGUUGAGUUUGAACUGCAGUUUGAGGAAAGAGACAGUGGGCAUUAUUGGGAAGAAGGAGUUUGGGAUGAUGAAAGACGGUGUCAUCAUUGUGAAUACGGCGAGAGGCAAGCUGAUGGAUGAGGAAGCGUUGGUGCAAGCAUUGGAAAGUGGGAAGGUCUUCAGUGCGGGUUUGGAUGUUUAUGAGAAAGAGCCAAAGGUUCAUCAAGGAUUGUUGGAUAAUCCUAAUGUGGUGUUACUUCCUCACAUUGGAACAGCGACGAAGGAGACACAGCGAAACAUGGAGCUCCUAGUAUUGGAGAAUAUCGAAAGUGCAGUGAAGAAAGGAAUCCUCAUUACCCAAGUUUCCGAACAGAGUAGUUCCGGAAGCAUCAAGUUAUAG